AUGAGGGGAAUGGCAACCUCCCCUCAGACCGUGGCUCCACCGCUGGUGGCCAUUACCCCUUCGCGGCAGGAGAUCUCUGCUGCGAGACUGGACGCUCGCUCCAUACAGCGCGCUCUAGAGGCGCUCUCGCGCGACGGUAUCGUCGUGGUGGAGGACGUGGUGGAUCACGACGCCAUUGACGCGCUCAACGCUGUCAUGGUAAAGGAUGCUGCUACCCUCAUCGCACGCGGUACGCAUGGGCCUUUUAAUUACAACCUCGGAAACCUUCAACAGUCCCCGCCAUUCGACUCUGCAGUCUUCGCCCCAAACAUAUUCGUCAACCCCAUCGCGACACAGAUCACCAACGCAUUCCUCGGAGAGCGGCCGACCAUGAGCUUCCUCUCGAGCAACGUCGCCGUCAAGGCCGAUCAAGGCCAGCCGGUGCACUCAGAUGCGGACUUUGACUACCCCAGUAUUCCCUUCGCUGCAGUGGUGAAUGUCGGGCUGGUGGACAUGCGUCCGGAGAAUGGGUCGACGCAGCUAUGGCUAGGUACGCACAAUGCGGAUAUCAGUGCGCAGAUGGGUGUACACGGGGAUCGUGACUCUGGUCGCAUCAAGGACGAACUGCUCGCCGGCCGCGCAAAAGUCCGCCCUCCCAUCCAACCGACCAUUAAGAAAGGCUCCAUCGUCGUGCGUGACUUGCGCCUCUGGCAUGCCGGUAUGCCGAACCGCACCGACAAUGUGCGCGUCAUGCUGGCCAUGAUUCACUUCGCGCCCUGGUACCGCCAACGGAUGACACUGCGGCUCCCCCGAACCCUCCGGCAUGUGUUGGAUGGCAAUCCGAGGCUGGCCGUUUCGGUGGAUUGGGUGGACGAGGACAUUGACCACCUGAACAUGCCAUUUGGGAACGCUUUCGACUUUAGCCAGGACAAGUAG